AUGGAGCCUAUUGGUGCUGCUUAUACCCUUACUGUCGCCCAGCAAACUGGGCAGGUCAACCAGCGUGGCGGCAGUGUUGCGGUGCGUCGGGCCCAGGUCGUUCGUGUCCUUGCUUCUUUCGAAGAGGCAAAAAAGUACAUGUCGAAGGACGGAAUAGAAGAGGUGCACAAGUACCUCAGAACUGGUCAAUGGGUUCGAGAUCAUACCAAUGCAGGCAGUCAUCCAGCCUACAAGAGGUUUGUUGGCAGCGGAGGCUACAAAAAGACACUGUACUAUCCACAGUUCUUCGUUAUUCAGGCGAUAUAUACCCUGAAUGGUAGGCAGAUCGGUAAUGCCGUUGAGCGGAUGUACGAAGAGUUGUCGGGACACUGGGGGGAGUUUAUCCCUUCAGACAAGCCUUUCUAUCCGCGUCUCGCGGACCCUGAUAAGGAGUGUCGCUUUAUCAUGGGAGACUACCGAUGGCGAGAUUUUCAAGUCGGGAGGCAAGUCAGCAACAACACAAUCCAUGUUACUAUCCCAGAGGCCAAAGGCCAUGCCGCCGCUCUCAAUAACAACAACAAUACGAACAACAAACAAAAAGUCUUAGACGGCUACCUGAGAGCUGCUGCACAACUCUCAGCGGAACUCAACACCGAGUCCCAACUGAAAGGACGGGACAGAGAGGUGCAACUGUUGCAAGAUCAGCUCAGAGACUCCCAGCAAAGAAAUGCGGACCUACAGCGACAGGUUCAAGACCAAACCAAGCUUAGGCGACAUGCAGAGCAUCAAACGCAGAUGUCACAGAACCGGCUGAAGGAAAGGCAAGAACAGCUCCAGGACGCACAGGACCAGCUGCAGGAUACACAGCGUCGGCUUGAGGACUCGCGGCUAUAUGCCAAGGGACUCGAAGACAAGCAAGACCAGACAAAAGCCCAUGUCGCACGCCACCAACAGAUCUCCAUGGAAAUCAUAGAGCUCGAUAAACAGCGGGAGGCGAAAAGCGCUAUGCGGCAGCAAUGCAUUAACAGCAUUGCCAAACAAAGCUUCUCCCGAUUCGAAGGCGUCAAAACGGGUACCAAGCGUCCCGCUGCUGGAAUCGAAGAUGGCGAGGAACCCAAGCGGCUUCGUCAGAAUUGA